AUGAAGCGCUCUAUUGCUGGCCUGUUAUCGCUUGGCCUUGCCUCCGUGGCAAGUGCCCAUACUUCAUUUACGACUCUCUUCAUUGAUCGAAAGAGUCAGGGAGAUGGUACAUGCGUUCGUACGCCUUUCGAUGGCGAGACGGCCACCGUUCCAAUCCGACCUAUUACCUCCGAUGAUAUGGUUUGUGGCCGUAACGGCACUGAAGCAGUGUCAUUCAUCUGUCCUGCAAAAAAAGGAUCUCUUCUCACGUUUGAGUUCCGCCUCUGGCCAGAUGCUCAAGCGCCCGGCAGCAUUGAUCCAGGCCAUCUAGGCCCUUGCGCCGUAUACGUCAAGAAGGUCGACGACAUGUUUACAGAAAGCGCCGCUGGUGCUGGGUGGUUCAAAAUCUGGGAGGACGGCUACGACCCAGUGACGCGCAAGUGGUGCGUUGAUCGACUCGUCGAGAACAACGGCCUGCUGUCCGUAAAUCUUCCUCGGGGGCUGCCCGCGGGAUACUACAUUGUGCGGCCUGAGAUUUUGGCCUUGCACUGGGCCGUCCAUCGCAAUGAUCCGCAGUAUUUUUUGGGCUGUGCACAAAUCUUUCUCAACAGCAAUGUUCAGGGCCCUCUUGAUGUCCCAAAGGAUCAUCUCACGAGCAUCCCUGGAUAUGUUGAUGCCACUACACCAGGCCUCACCUAUGACAUUUAUCGGGAGGACCUACCACCAUACCCAAUUCCCGGCCCAAAGGUCCAUGUCCCUCACGUCGAUGUGCACAGCGCCAUCAGGUACCCCAUCCCGGCGCCGAUGCUUCAGACGGCCGGCCUCAUCCCCCAAGAUUGCCUCAUAAAGAGCGCAAACUGGUGCGGUCUGCCCACUCCGGCGUACUCGACCCAAGAAGGGUGUUGGGGGGGCGUCAGGGUGUGCUACGGGCAGAGCCGGAAGUGCAGGGAGAGCUCGCAGACGGUUGGGCAGGCCAACUGCGACCGAUGGAGUCGGUACUGCGACACGAUGAAUACGCUGUGCGAGAGGGGCCAGUUCGUUGGGCCGCCGCCGUUUACUGAGAAGGAGGUUGUUGUGCCGGCGCCAGGAGAGAUACCGGCGAUGUGGAACGAUGUGUUUGGGAAGAAUGAGUAG